AAAUGAAAGAUAAGGAAAGAAAAUCUGGUUCUUCCAAUUUGGAACUCCGCGUGGGGCCACGUCACUCCCAUAGAGCAGGCAAUCACGCCGCGCUGAAUCAUCCCGUCGCCGGAAAUUACGGCCGAUUCUUCUCCACCGCAGGUCCGGCCUACCGUCACCAUCGACUUCUUUCUCAUUAAUUCAUUUUUCGUAGGUUAGAAGCCAUUUCUUCUUUCGCUUUGUCAAUAAUUCAGCGUCUCAGAACGUUUCCUUGUGUUCGGUCCUCGUCCUUCCAUUGCCACAAGUUUUCGAGCGCUGACAUUUAUCAUAAUUCUUCUCGGAUCUCGAACCUCUAACUGGAAGAGCAAACAAACUUCAGAGCCGAAUCGAAACGUGCAGAGAAGCCAUGGCGGAUGUUAGCUCUAAUCCAAAUUCGGCUUCGGAUACAUUGACGCUUGACGGAAUAAGAGACUCUUUGAUCAGACAGGAGAAUUCUAUUGUUUAUAGUCUCAUCGAGAGAGCUCGGUUCCCUCUCAAUCGGCAGAUAUACCUUCAGAAUAAUGCUUCAAUUCCUGGAUUCUCUGGUUCUUUGGUCGAGUUCAUUGUGAGAGAAACUGAGGCCAUUCAAGCCAAGGCUGGUAGAUAUGAGAAUCCUGAAGAAAAUCCGUUCUUCCCUGAGAGCUUGCCUCGUCCAUUGCUGAACCCUCACAAGUAUCCAAAGGAUUUGCAUCCUUCAGGCGCUUCAAUUAAUAUGAACAAAGCCAUAUGGGAAUUCUACUUCGACAAAUUCUUACCAUUGUUGGUUGCCGAUGGAGACGAUGGAAAUUAUGCAGCCACUGCUGCUAGUGAUCUUGCUUGUUUGCAGGCGCUUUCGAGGAGGAUUCACUGUGGAAAAUACGUAGCUGAGGUGAAAUUUAGGGAUGCUCCUAAAGAAUACGAAACGCCUAUUCGUUCUAAGGAAAGAGAUACUUUGAUGAAGCUAUUAACAUUUGUAGCAGUGGAAGAGAUGGUGAAGAAGAGAGUAGAGAAGAAGGCUAUGGUGUUUGGGCAAGAAGUCACCCUCAACAACACAAACGAAGGAGGAAAGCAUAUGAUUGAUCCAUCGCUUGCAUCUCGUCUUUACAGCGAAUGGGUAAUUCCCCUCACGAAGGAAGUUGAAGUCGAGUACCUUCUACGUCGCCUCGAAUGAAUGUAUUUGCAAGGAUCAAAACCAACCGGGAUUUUUGAAAAAUUUGUAACGGUAAUCUUGUCGCCAUUUCAUAUCAAAAUAAUAAUGGAAGCCCAUUCCGAGAUUUAACCC